AGCGAGAACUUUCGGGAUUUGUGUAUGUCUCGUCCACUGGUUCUGUGAAUACUAGGCUCCGAGGUUAGCGCAGCAAGAGAGUAAGGAUUUCCUCGUCGCAGUGGUGUGGGAAGGUGUGUCAAAUUUUCGGUUUUCUGCAUCAGCAUCUGAUAACCCAAAAACUGCUUCAACAUGAGCAACACGAGAGCGCAAAAAUCUGGAGCCGCUUGGGGCAUUGAAAAGAAAAUGGAGGAAAACUAUGACAGAGAGGAAGCACAAGGUACUCCUAAGCACAUCAGAGAAUGGAUUAACAGUGUGAUGGCUAAUGACCCUAACUACACAAAAUGCGGUGACACUGACUGGAAAGGCUUUUGCACCUUUUUAAGAGACGGUGUUGUUCUAUGCAAGUUCCUCAACGUUUUAUUGGCAAGCGAUGACAAACCCAAAGUAUCGUUCACUAAGAAGGUCGCAAACAGCUUCGCUGCAAUGACAAACAUCGAAAACUUCAACAAAGGAUGUGAAACAUACGGUCUUGCCAGGGAGUUCUCCUUUCAGAGCGGAGACUUAUGGGAAUUACGCAAAGGGCCAUUCUACAACGUCAUUAACUGCCUACACAGCUUAGGUUUCACGGCCAAUUCCAAAUCCUUUUGUCCAGCAUAUAGCGGGGAAGUAACCAAAUAUAUGGACAGGGAUUAAACAGCAACGUGACGUCACCAAUAACUGCCAUAUCUUUAGAUAAUCUGAUAUUUCAUCCGUCCAAGUUUUAACAGGAAAAAGAUACCAGUUCUAAUGUUUGAAAUGAACAAGACCAUCGUGUGAUUCUAACUACAUCGGAAAGCUCCAAAUAAACCAAACGAGAUGGCAGCUUUAGGUCAACGUCAUGCUACAGUGUCCAUCUAAUGCUAUACACGUGUACUACUUCUGUUUAUUAUUUUAUUUUCUGUUUACUUGGCUUUUUUGUCUGUGUCGAUGUAGGGCAGAAGGAUAUAAACGUUUAUUGUUGUAAGUGACUGUCGGGGAAAUAUGUCACCGAUGAGAAAAACAAGCAUUGUGAAAACUAUCACGGAAAAAGAGUCGAAAGAAUUUAGUCUGAUGUCCGGUAUAAUUACACAAUCACUAGAACCGAAUUGUGACAGAAUAUUGGAGAUUCGUGUUUGGAUCACGUGGUCUUUAUUUUUUGGUGAUGUUUUCCUGUUAGGAACACGUUUGUAACGGAUCCAUGAUGGGAUUGCAUCGUAACAAUUCGGACAACUAAUAUCAUCAAUAUAGUUGGGUUUAAAAAUUCCGAUGAAUACAAGAUCUUUGGAUCUGAAACAGAAAGGAGACAUAUUUUUGCAGGAUAUUGUUUCGUUAAUCAAAUUCCACUGACUGUUUCAACAGAAAGUCAUUCUAGAGGAAAUCUACUCGAUACAAAGAUCAAAAGUAUCCGAACCAUCACAAUAGAUUAGACAAAAUAAAUCGUCUUUAUCAUUAUUUAUACAAUGAAAUUUGCUUAUGAAAAUAAAUAUAUCAUUAUUGUUA